UACAACUGAUUAUCUCCCCCUCUCUCUCUCUCUCCCCAAAUAUAGUAAAAUACUUUGCAGAGCUGCACUGUCUGUCUCUCCAACUUCUUUCUUUACUCUCUCUGUCUCUCUCACUCUAAAGAAAAAUGUCUCCAUCUAAUUCAAUUUCCAUUUUCUCUCUCUACAACCUGUUGUAUUUCUGAAGAUUUUUUUGUCGAUUCUAGGGUUUGGAGUAAUGAAUUUCUCCUUCACCAAAUGAGGGAUUUGUAGGGUUUGCCCUCGCAUUCCUCAGAUGAAUAAUCUCACUCCUCCCAUUCUCACCCACACUCUCUCUCUCCUCCUCCUCUUCUCUCUCAUCAUCUUCGUCUCUUCUUCCCAAGACGAACUCCGAUCACUCCUCGAGUUCAAGAAAGGGAUCCGAGUCGAUCCCCUCGGCAAAGUCCUCAAUUCAUGGAACCAGUCCUCCGCUGCAGCAGAUCCCAACUCUUGCCCUCACUCCUUCUACGGCGUCGUUUGCGCCGACUCCGGCAACGUCACCGCCAUUCUUCUCGACGGCCUCGGCUUGGCCGGUGACUUGAAGUUCUUCACUUUGAAUGGCCUCAAAAUGCUCCGAAAUCUGAGUCUCUCCGGGAAUUUUUUCACGGGUCGUCUCGUUCCUGCAUUGGGUUUCAUGUAUACUUUGCAGUAUUUGGACUUGUCUGGAAACCUGUUUUACGGACCCAUUCCAGCUCGGAUGAACGAUCUUUGGGGAUUGAAUUAUCUCAAUUUGUCGUCCAACAAUUUCGCCGGUGUGUUUCCGAGUGGAAUCAGGAAUCUUCAGCAACUCUAUGUGUUGGACUUGCAUUCAAAUCAGCUUCGUGGGGACAUUCAGGACUUGUUUUCGGAGCUUAGAAAUGUGGAGUUUGUUGAUUUGAGCUAUAACAUGUUCUAUGGAUCUCUGUCAAUGGAUUUGUACAACAUUUCGAGCUUGGCCAAUACAGUGCAACAUUUGAAUUUGAGUCAUAAUGAUUUGGGUGGUGGGUUCUUUAAGGAUGAAGCCAUUCAGUUGUUUCGGAACUUGGAAGUUUUGGAUUUGGGUCAUAAUCACAUAAAUGGACAGCUCCCUUCAUUCGGGUCAUUGCCAAAUCUUCAAGUUUUGCGUCUGGGGAAUAACCGGUUGUUUGGGUUGAUACCGGAAGAGCUGUUGGAGGAUUUGAUUCGUUUGAAAGAACUAGAUCUCAGUGGCAAUGGGUUUUCUGGUCCAAUCCAUGUGAUCAAUUCUACAACUUUGAGCAUUUUGAAUCUUUCGUCAAAUGUGCUAUCCGGUUCUCUGCCUUCUUCUGUGGGAGGAUGUCGCAUAGUGGAUUUGAGCAGAAAUGUGCUCACCGGAGAUAUAUCUGUUAUGCAAAGUUGGGAAGCAACUUUGGAUAUUCUCGAUGUGAGUUCAAAUGAGUUAUCAGGAAGCAUUCCUAACCUGACAUCUCAGUUCCUGAGUUUGACAACUCUCAAUAUUAAAAAUAAUUCUUUAGAAGGUACCUUGCCUCCUGUGUUGGGGAACUUUCAAAGGCUGUCUGCAGUUGAUCUGAGUUUGAAUAAACUUGAUGGACCUAUUCCACCUAGUUUUUUCACAUCAAUGACCUUGACAAACCUGAACCUUUCAGGAAAUCAUUUUACUGGACCUAUUCCUCUUCAAAGCUCACGCGCAAUCGGAUUAUUAGUUCUACCUUCUUAUCCACAGAUGGAGUCUCUUGAUCUCUCUGAUAAUUUUUUAACAAGUACCUUGCCUUCGGACAUAAGUAAUUUAGGUAGGCUUAAGUUUCUGAAUCUUGCAAAGAAUGGCUUAUCGGGACCGAUACCAAAUGAAUUGAGCAAGCUUGGUGGGUUGGAGUACCUAGAUUUAUCCAGUAAUAAUUUCAACAGUAACAUCCCUGAUAAUCUUCCAUCUAGUCUAAAGGUCUUUAAUGUGUCUCAUAAUAAUCUCAGUGGACCUGUUCCAGAAAACUUGAGAAACUUCCCUAAUACUUCAUUUUAUCCUGGCAACUCUUUCCUGUUCUUCCCAAAUGGUAAGCCACCAAUGCAGGGUGAUGAUCAAGGGAGAGGGAAACAUCACAGAUCAAAAUCGAGUAUUAGAGUAGGUAUCAUUUUUGCCUCAGUUGGGGCUGCUGUGAUGAUUGCCUUUGUUCUGUAUGCUUACCAUCGAGCACAACUUCAGGACUUCCGCAUUAGAAGCGGGUUUAGUGGCCAAACUACUGAAAGAGAUGUUAAAUUAGGAAGACUUUCUAGGCCUUCUCUCUUCAAGUUCCACCCAAAUGUUGAGCCCCCACCCACUUCUUUAGGUUUUUCCAAUGACCACUUGCUAACCUCAAAUUCAAGGACAUUGUCGGGGCCGACAGAAUUGGGUACUGAAAUUGUUGAGCAUGUCUUGCCUGAGGGAGGUGCUGCUCCUUCAACAUCUCUGAAUCCCAUUGUGCCAGAUACUCAUCCAACGGUAUCUGGGAGGAAGUCUUCUCCAGGCUCCCCAGUUUCUUCUUCACCACGUUUUAUUGAUGCAAUUGAACAACCUGUGACACUAGAUGUAAAUUCACCAGAUCGAUUGGCUGGAGAACUGUUCUUCCUGGAUGUUUCACUAGCAUUUACAGCUGAGGAGUUGUCACGAGCUCCAGCAGAAAUUUUAGGUAGAAGCAGUCAUGGGACUUUAUACAAGGCCACUCUAGAUAGUGGGCAUAUGUUGACUGUGAAGUGGAUGAGGGUAGGAUUGGUCAAACAUAAGAAAGAAUUUGCCAAGGAAGUUAAAAAAAUUGGAUCAAUGAGACAUCCCAAUAUUGUUCCGUUGCGAGCUUAUUAUUGGGGGCCAAGAGAACAGGAGAGGCUUAUUUUAGCAGACUAUGUUCGUGGAGAUAACUUGGCUCUACAUCUUUAUGAGACGACACCCCGGAGAUACUCCCCGCUGUCAUUCAGCCAAAGGUUGAAAGUUGCUAUUGACAUUGCUCGGUGUCUGACAUACCUUCAUGAUAGUGGCCUUCCUCAUGGGAACCUAAAACCUACUAAUGUACUCUUGGAAGGCUCUGAUCUGAAUGCUCAUCUUACUGAUUACAGUCUCCACCGUCUGAUGACACCAGCUGGCAUUGCAGAGCAGAUAUUAAACCUUGGAGCACUCGGAUACCGUGCUCCUGAACUCGCUACAGCAGCCAAACCAGUCCCAUCAUUCAAAGCUGAUGUGUAUGCAUUUGGAGUGAUUUUAAUGGAAUUGUUGACCAGAAGAAGUGCUGGUGACAUUAUCUCAGGUCAAUCGGGGGCUGUUGAUCUUACAGAUUGGGUCCGGCUAUGUGAUCAUGAAGGACGAGGAAUGGAUUGCAUUGACAGAGACAUUGCCAGUGGAGAGGAACACUCGAGAGCAAUGGAUGAAUUGCUUGCAAUAUCACUAAGGUGCAUUCUUCCUGUAAAUGAAAGGCCUAACAUCAGACUAGUUUUCGACAAUCUCUGUUCUAUAUCUGUUUGAAAUUUUGUACAUGUGUCUUGGAAUUAUUUUUUCCUUCCUCGACUUUCUUGUUUUUUUCCCCCACUCUUUCUCCACCAUUGGUUUCCUAGCCUCCUAAUCUGGGCUAAUCUUCACAUUCUUUUCUUAAUUUUUGUGUAAAGCGACAAUCGAUCUAUUGAUUGAUUGACAGUAUUUCUCAGUUUGAUCUUGAAGUGAAAAGAUUGCAAAUCAUCUUUCUCA